AUGGCCGAGGCUGACAAGCAUCAUGACGACAAUGAGUGGGAGGACCAGCGUGAAGCAUUCACCAGGUAUUACAUGACGGAAAACAAAUCACUAAAAGAGGCCGCUUCGAUCAUGAAGGAAAAGCAUAACUUCUUCGCAACUCCGCGACAGUGGGAGCGCAGGAUCAAGAACUGGCAACUCAACAAGUAUGUUAGUCGAGAUCAGCGGCUGGAGCAAUUCAGAGCAGAGGGCCGUGAUCUCGUAGAGGUCGCUUCGUCUGGACGACAACGACAUCGCAAAUAUAGCCAUGGAAAACACUUGCCUGUCCAGGAUGACCGGAACGUUCGACGGUUUGCGAAGCGCGAACUCGAUCGGAGCCGAUCGACCAGCAGGAAUCGGUCAAGAUCACCUUCUGUUGGCCACGCGAGUCGAGGUUCAAGUCCGGGCGUCGACUUUUCUGGUGACGAAGCUGUCGUCGCGGAGCGAACGUAUAACGUGGACUUUUCGGCGCUUUCAAGGAACGAGGAUCUCCUGUCAAUCCCUGUUGAAGAGACCUAUCACACCUCUGAUGAUCCACAUGUACAAGCACACGUGCUGCAGACACAGGAUCUCAACAAUGGAUCGCAGCAUUCCGAAGUACUCCUGUCGGCGCCGAAUCUGACGCCGGAUCAAAUGUUUCCUACAGCUGACCAGUUUGACGCUUUCACACCCAUGCCCUUGAGUAUGGACACCAAUAUAGGCAGUCCAAUGCCUCCGACGUUCUACCAUCAGCCAUCACUCGACACGAUGGAUCUUUCGCCUACCAAUGGCGAGGCGCAAACUGGUGGUUGGAACUCACCACACGACCUUCAUCUACAGGAUACCCACAGCUCUUUUGGGACCGAUCUAGGCCUGAUACAGAGCAACACGAUGCCAGAUCAAGGCACGAUGGACAUGAUGCAGAACACUUUUCAACAGGACUCUGGCUUCGGCAUGUCCAGCAUGCCCAUCAUCCAGGUGGUAGAACCUCCGCCUGACCCUAGACCAAUGUUACCGGACACAUUCGAUUCGUCGGUGCCCGUUGAUUUCUCUAUGAUACUCUCAGAGUAUACCGAGGGUAUACAACAAGCACUUUCAUUGACGUCUCUGGACCAGGAGACGCGAUAUAAGCUCGAAAUCUGCCAGCGAACAUUCAUCUACAAAUUCAAUCUAAGCAUGUCUAGCUUUACGCAAUCGCGUCAACGGAUCGUGCAGCGUAUGGAGCAGAAGCAUCCCACCCAAAGCCAUGGCACGGUGCCGUUCGUGCAUCGACAUUUACUCCACGACAAGGAAUGUCUUCUGCACGAGACCGUCGAGUAUCUCGGCGCCAAGGCUAUCCCAGCACUCGAGUCUCCGGCUCGAUUGCAAGCUAUUCUUGCUGCAUUGGAGCAGUCGCCACACAAGGUCCAAGAUGUCGACUAUACUUCCCUACCAGAGGAGGAGAAACAUGCGCUUUUCGAGACGAUAAGCACCAAUCACGAUGCCGGGUAUCUAGCUCACUUGCAGACGCACUUCUCGGAGUGGCAUGCAGCCGACCUGGUGGCAGACGACGGGACUGUACUCCCAGAAUGCUUCAGGUUUCCAACUUCGAUCAAUAAUUAUAACGUCAACCCGCAGCCUCCGAAGGAUAUCUUUGCGAGACAUGGCUACUACUCAUUCGACAUGAGCUCAGGUCUCUCAAAGAACACAUGGACAUCGACUAUCGCAUCCGCGAAUCUUGCACAUCAAGGAGUGCAGAUGCUCUUUCCUCACCUAAGGGAUGCAGAGUCCACAUCCCCAAACGGCGCCAGCAAUGCCUCCAGACCAUCACCUGACACGGUCUUAGCGCUCUGCCGCCCACCAGGCCAUCACUGCGACGGUCGCCAUGCCGGUGGAUACUGCUACAUCAACAACGUUGCCGCCGCAGUGUCAACCUAUGAGUCGCUAUGCGCUGCGUCACAACCCAGUCACACAGCCGAAACCGCACCUACUCCUUCCGUGGACGUCGAGACCCAAUGCGCAGUCCCUCUCCCAAAUGGCCUUCAUUGCAAGCACGAUCUCGCCUGCAGUCAGCAUUCCUGGCACGCAAAACGCUCUGUCCGUGGACGAAGCGCACCGUUUGACCAGCUCUUGCAAGCGUUCCAGUCGCCGUCGUUCACUUCUCCACACAAUCCGCAACACACCAUACCGUCGCUCCCAGGGACGUUCCCUUCCUCAACGCCAGCCCUACCCAACAUUCAAUCCGCCACUUCUCUCCUAGCCCAGACUGCCUCACGAGUUGCGAUUCUGGACCUCGACUUCCAUCACGGCAACGGCACCCAAGAACUCUUCUACUCCUCCCCCUCGGUCCUCUACAUCUCCAUCCACGGCCAAGACGAGUUCCCCUACUACACCGGCCACGCUUCCGAAACCGGCAUUGGCGAAGGCGAGGGCUACAACCUCAACCUCCCCUUACCCCGAGAUAGCUCUUUUGAGGCAUACCUCGAGAAAUUGGACAUCGCGAUGAAGAGGCUCAAGCAACACAAGCCGGAGUUCGUAGUGGUGAGCCUGGGUUUCGAUACGUAUGAGACGGAUCCGUUGGGAAAGUUUAGGAUCUCGACGGAGGACUACGCCACCAUGGCGGCUAUGGUGACGGCUGGCGUGCAAGCAAUGGAGGGUGGAAAGGGGGCGAAGUCACUAAUUGUGCUGGAGGGCGGGUAUGUCGUUGAGAAGUUGGGCGAGAAUAUGCUGAGCUUUUUGCGAGGGUGGCAAGGUGGUGAAAGCGAGCCGUGA